AAUGGUAGAUGCAACGAUAUGCACAGUACUGGUACUUCAUAUUUUGACUGUCCUUUCUCUACAAAUUAAAAGAAAAGAACGUGGAGAUGAAAUAGUAAAUGGUGAAAAAUGCUCUACAGGGCGUACAUAUGUUUUCGGAGGAGGUAAAGAAAACAAACCUGGACGUUGUGAUAGAAACAUGAAAGAAGCCGGAUGUAACUGGGAGUUUAAGAGUGGAUCAAUAUAUUUUGGAUUUGUUGCGGAAAAAACAAUUAAAACUACAACCUUUGAUAUCAGAUUAUUGGAGAAGGUAAAAUUUCCUGGCCAAAAAUUAUGUAGAAAUCAUUCAGAUGGAAAAAUAGAAGUUCAAAAUACAAACGCACAUUUAAACACAUCAGAUUGGGAUUCGAAUAUUGGCGAACAAAUCAAACGCAAUUUGACGUAUCAAUUUGAUUUUGGGAACAAAUUUGUGACAGUAGGUUUCACGAAACACUGGGAUGGAAUGUUAAUCAAAAUAUUUAUAAAUUGUUUGGAUGAAAAUGGAAAUAACAUAUCAGAGGCUGCUGAAGAAAGAUGUGUGAUGAUUAAAUAUGAAGGAACUGCAACAUAUCCUUUAACAGGUGACGAAUAUUUUCCUUCAUCAACCACCACAACCACCACUAUGCAAACUACUUCAGCGAUAGAUUAUACAUCACCUACAGCCACAACAAGAACUACCUCCAGAUCAUCUACAAAGAACUCUUCUUCAGUAUUUAUAAAAAUUGAUGGUAAAAAUGAUGACCUAACAAUCUUGGUUGGAGGAAUUGGUGGUGGUGCUGUAAUUGUCCUGGUUGCUAUUAUUUUGUUGAUUAUUCUCAUAAAAAGAAAAAAGAAGCAUGCUAGAAAUUCAACUGCAGCUUGUGAUAAUCAGAAAUUAAAUAAUUCCAUCAGCAAUAAAACUUAUGAUCCAAGUGUUGAUCUUAACUCUCCGACAUCAGAGACUACGAAUAAAAACACAACAAGUAAUGUUUCUCAAAAACAGUCAAUUUAUGACUAUGCUACACUAGAAAUUUCAAAACGAGGUUUAGAAGAAGAAAUCCCAGAAUAUGCUGAUCUGAAUAAAACUAAUAAUGCCACAGCUGAACAUGUCUCAGUCAACCCUUACGUUAAUCAAGUGGCAACUAUUUCAAAAGGUCCUAACGAUUUUCAUCAAAAUAAACUUGAUGAGUAUCAGCAAAUGGAAACGCAACCACCACGCGUAAUAUUGGAUGAUUACACGGUUGUUAAUAAAAAUAAUCGUUCCGCACCAAAAUCUUCUUCAGUCAAUCAUUAUGCUGUACCACCGUUAAAACAGCUAAUCGCACAAUCUAAUAAUGAAGACAUAUACUCCGAACCUCUUUCCAUGGAACCUAGUUAUUUUCAACAAUACGAUAUGAAUGAGUACCAAGAAGCAGAAUCACAACCUGAACGGAUAGUAUUGGAUGAAUAUGCAGUUGUAAAUAAAUCAAAAAUUAUGUAAAAUUCUGGUACUCAAGUAUGUUCCUGUCACCAAUGAAUGAACGUUGGAAAAAUGGUCAGGAAUGGGGCUUAGAUAUAAAUUACAUUAAAAGGAAAUUCAGUUAAAGAUUCUAAAUUUGAACGAAUGUUUUCUUAAUGAAACAUUAAAGACAUAUUAUAUAGUUAAAAUAGUUUUUAGCAUUUCUUUAAAAGUAAAAUAGGUGACACAUUUGCAGUAUUUCACGUUUAAUAUUGCAUUGUAUCUUUUUACAUUUUGCACAUUAGCCUAGUUUUGUUAAAAUAAUUAUUAUCUAACCAAAAUGUUUUCCGUUAUAAUUCUGGAAGAAGGAAAACACAUUUUUGAAAAAAAAUUUGUUUUUUCAAACCUUUUUGAAAAUUAUAAUAAUAUGGCCAA